GAUCCAGUGGCACCGUGCCACCCUGAACCCGUUCCCGAUCGGCUUGGCACCUGCAUCUAGGCCAACAUAUCAUUCACGAUUCACAAACAGACCAAACUCUGGAGUCUUGACUGACAAAGGCUUGCUCAUUUAUUCGCCAACUUCUACACUCCCAACACACACAUCCAGCGGUGUCUUACCCUUCUCAAACCAGCUCAGCAUACACAAGAAGAACCAUGUCAGAAAACUUCGUUGCCCCAGGCCAACAGCGCUAUCUCCGCGCCUGCAUGGUGUGCUCCAUAGUCAUGACCUACGCUCGCUUCCGGGACGAGGGCUGCCCGAACUGCGAGGAGUUCCUGCACCUCCAGGGCUCGCCGGACCAGAUCGACAGCUGCACGUCCCAAGUCUUUGAAGGGCUCAUCACCAUCGCCGACCCGAGCAAGUCGUGGGUGGCAAAGUGGCAGCGGCUCGACGGCUACGUGCGGGGCGUCUAUGCCACAAAGGUCUCGGGCCAGCUACCCGACGACGUGCGGACCACGCUCGAGGAGGAGUACAGGAUCCAGUAUAUCCCGUAAAUCUACCCUUUACUCUGCCCUAACAUGAUUUGGCCGUCCGUUUUUACGCUGACUGGCUACUACAAGACGUGAUGGCAGCGCGACCGAGGCGGAUUAGUGGUUGUUUAGACAGGG